CGCUGCUCAUAAACACAAACUGCUGCAGUUUCUGCCCAAACAGCGGGUUUUUUAGGUUCUGGGGGGGUUAAAGUGGACCAGUCCGAACCUUUACCCCCGAACCCUCCAGGGAGGAACAUGGAGACCUGAAAAACCCGCAGAAACAGACCGUUAUUAACCGUUAUUAGCCGUUAUUAGCAGCGGGGCCGCGGACACCGACCGGCGGGAAAAGGAGCUCCACAACACCCGAGAGCUACGAUGGGGAACCAGCUGGCCGGCAUCGCCCCGUCCCAGAUCCUCUCCGUGGACAGCUACUUCUCCGACAUCCACGACCACGAGUACGACAAGAGUCUGGGCAGCACGCGCUUCUUCAAGGUGGCGCGGGCCAAGCACCGCGAGGGCCUGGUGGUGGUGAAGGUGUUCGCCAUCCAGGACCCGUCGCUGCCGCUCACCAGCUACCGGCAGGAGCUGGAGGAGCUGAAGAUCCGGCUGCACGCCUGCCAGAACUGCCUGCCCUUCCAGAAGACGUCCCUGAGCGAGAAGGCGGCCAUCUUGUUCCGCCAGUACGUGCGGGACAACCUGUACGACCGCAUCAGCACGCGGCCGUUCCUCAACAACGUGGAGAAGCGCUGGCUGGCCUUCCAGAUCCUGACGGCCGUGGAGCAGGCCCACCGCGCCGGCGUCCGCCACGGCGACAUCAAGACGGAGAACGUGAUGGUGACCAGCUGGAACUGGGUGCUGCUCACCGACUUCGCCUCCUUCAAGCCCACCUACCUGCCCGAGGACAACCCCGCCGACUUCAACUACUUCUUCGACACGUCGCGGCGCCGCACCUGCUACAUCGCACCCGAGCGCUUCGUGGACGGCAGCAUGUUCGCGUCGGAGAGCGACCAGAACACGCCGCUGGUGGACCUGACCAACAACAACCAGAGGAGCCGCGGGGAGCUGCGGCAGGCCAUGGACAUCUUCUCUGCAGGGUGUGUGAUAGCAGAACUCUUCACCGAGGGCGUCCCUCUCUUCGAUCUGUCCCAGCUGCUAGCUUACCGUAAAGGUUUGUUCCAGACGGAGACGGUUCUGAUGAAGAUCGAGGACCAGAGCAUCAGAGAACUGGUGACCCAGAUGAUCCAGCGCGACCCCGCCCUCCGUCUGACGGCGGAGCAGCACCUGAAGCAGCAGCGCGGCCGGGCCUUCCCCGACAUCUUCUACACCUUCCUGCAGCCGUACAUGGCCCAGUUCGCCAAGGAGACGUUCCAGUCGGCCGACGAGAGGGUUCUGGUGGUCCGGAAGGAUCUGGACAACAUCCUGCAGAACCUGAGAGGCUCCCCGUCGUCCCCGUCGUCCCCGUCCUCCCCGUCCUCCCCCCAGGACGACGGCGUCCCCUCCUCCCGGGAGGAGCAGGGCCUGACGGUGCUGGUGUCCGUCAUCACGUCCUGCCUGCAGACGCUGCACUCCUGCGACUCCAAGCUGGCGGCGUUGGAGCUCGUCCUUCACCUGGCUCCGCGUCUGGCGGUGGACGUGCUGCUGGACCGCAUCACGCCCUACCUGCUGCACUUCUGCAGCGACCCGGCGCCGCGGGUCCGAGCCCAGGCCGUGCGGACGCUCACCAAGGUGCUGGCGCUGGUGAAGGAGGUGCCGAGGAACGACAUCAACAUCUACCCCGAGUACAUCCUGCCGGGCAUCGCUCACCUGGCCCAGGACGACGCCACCAUCGUCAGGCUGGCCUACGCAGAAAACAUCGCCCACCUGGCGGAGAGCGCGCUGCGAUUCCUGGAGCUGGUGCAGGAAAACAACGUGAACACGGAGCACGACGUGAGCGGAGAAGACAACGAGGAGACAAACCACCCCAACGAGAACUACGACUCAGAGCUGCAGGCGCUGCACGAGAUGGUGCAGCAGAAGGUGGUGACGCUGCUCAGCGACUCGGAGAACAUCGUGAAACAGUCGCUGAUGGAGAACGGCAUCACGCGUCUCUGCGUGUUCUUCGGUCGGCAGAAAGCCAACGACGUGCUGCUGUCGCACAUGAUCACCUUCCUCAACGACAAGAACGACUGGCACCUGCGGGGAGCCUUCUUCGACAGCAUCGUGGGCGUGGCGGCCUACGUGGGCUGGCAGAGCUCGUCCAUCCUGAAGCCGCUGCUGCAGCAGGGACUCAGCGACACGGAGGAGUUCGUCAUCUACAAGGCCCUGAACGCUCUGACCUGCAUGUGCCAGCUGGGGCUGCUGCAGAAACCGCACAUCUACGAGUUCGUCAGUGACAUCGCUCCGUUCCUCUGCCACCCCAACCUGUGGAUCCGCUACGGCGCCGUCGGCUUCAUCACCGUGGUGGCUCAGCACCUGAACGUGGCCGACGUUUACUGCAAACUGAUGCCGCACCUGAACGCCUUCCUGACGCAGCCCAUCAUCCAGAUGGACCGGGAGCUGGUUCUGCUCAGCGUUCUGAAAGAGCCCGUCAGCCGCUCCAUCUUCGACUACGCUCUGCGUUCUAAAGACAUCGCUAGCUUGUUCCGUCACCUGCUGCUGCGGCAGAAGAAACGGGCCGGAUCCAUCCCAGAAUGCCCGGCGCCGGACGACCCGGCCAUCGCCCAGCUGCUCAAGAAGCUGCUGUCGCAGGGCAUGACGGAGGCGGAGGAGGACCAGCUCCUGGCGCUGAAGGACUUCAUGCUGAAGUCCAGCCGGGCCAAGGCGUCCAUGGGGGAGCAGAACCAGCUGGGGGGGGAGAACCAGGCCGGGGGGGUCCUGGACCUGGUCCAGCUGGGCCUGCCGGGCCGGCAGGUGGACCUGGUGAAGGCCCGGCCCGACACCGACGACAAGAGAGCCAGGAAACACACCAAGCAGGACUCCACCAUGAACGAGGAGUGGAAGAGCAUGUUUGGAUCCCAGGAGCCGCCGGCCUCCGCGCCAAACACGGUAAGCCCCGCCCACUCAGGCCCCUCCCACGGUAACGCCCCCCAGCAUGUCCGAUGCUAACCGUCGUCGUCACCCUGCAGCCGACCAAUAAAGGUUUUUUGUGUGCAGGCGGCGGACGGUCCGGCGGGGCAGCUGAAGAAGACGUCGGUGGCGGCGGCGCCGACGCUGCAGUCGGCGGCUAGCGGCGGCGGCGGCUACCAGCGGCGCAUCAACACCUGCAAGGCAGAGCUGCAGCAGCUGGUGCAGCAGAAGAGGGAGCAGUGCAGCGCCGAGCGCAUGGCCAAGCAGAUGAUGGAGAGCGCCGAGUGGGAGAGCCGGCCCCCCCCGCCAGGGUGGCACCCUAAGGGGCUGCUGGUCGCCCACCUGCACGAGCACAAGGCCGCCGUCAACCGCAUCCGCGUGUCGGACGAACACGCCAUCUUUGCCACGGCGUCUAACGACGGGUCGGUGAAGGUCUGGGACAGUCAGAAGAUGGAGGGAAAAACCACCACCACCCGGUCGGUCCUCACCUACUCCCGGAUCGGGGGCCACGUGAAGACGCUCUCCUUCUGCCAGGGCUCUCACUAUCUGGCCGUGGCCUCGGACAACGGAGCCGUGCAGCUGCUGGCCGUGGAGGCCAACAAGCCGCCCAAGUCGCCCAAGGUGCAGCCCUACCAGAGCAGGGCCCUGGACCUGCAGCAGGACGGCUGUGCAGUCGACCUGCACCACUUCAACUCGGGGAACCAGUCGGUGUUAGCGUACGCUACCGUCAACGGCUCUCUGGUGGGCUGGGACGUUCGCUGCAACGCUAACGCCUGGACGCUACGACACGACCUGCGGCUCGGACUCAUCACGUCCUUCAGCGUGGACAUGCACCAGUGCUGGCUCUGCCUAGGAACCAGCAGCGGCACCAUGGCCUGCUGGGACAUGCGGUUCCAGCUUCCCAUCUCCAACCACUCACACCCGGCCCGGGCCCGGGUACGGAGGCUGCUGAUGCACCCGCUGUACCAGUCCUCCGUCAUCGCAGCUGUCCAGGGCAACAACGAGGUCUCGAUGUGGGACAUGGAGACCGGGGACAGGAAGUUCACCCUGUGGGCGAGUUCUGCCCCCCCACUCUCCGAGAUGCAGCCGUCUCCCCACAGCGUUCAUGGGAUCUACUGCAGUCCUGCUGAUGGGAAUCCCCUGCUGCUGACGGCCGGCUCCGACAUGAGGAUCAGGUUCUGGGAUCUGGCCUAUCCGGAGAGGUCCUACAUCGUGGUGGGCGGAGCCAACGACUCGCUGCACUGUCCGUCAGUUCUGUACAGCCGCAAGAUCAUCGAGGGAACCGAGGUGGUGCAGGAGAUCCACAGCAAGCAGAAGAGCGGAGCAGCCGAGGAUUCUCCGCGCCGCGGCCCGGACCAGCUGCCGGUCGGCCACCAUGACAUCAUCACUGACGUGGCCACGUUCCAGACUACGCAGGGGUUUAUCGUUACGUCGUCUAGGGACGGGAUCGUCAAGGUCUGGAAGUGA